UCUAGAACUAGAGUCUAGAUUGUUAACUAGAUCUAUAGAGAUCGAUAGAUCAAGAGUCUAUAUCUAGAUACUAGAUCUACAUUCGUAACAUUGUAACAGAUCUAGACUAGGUAAUAGCUGGAUGACUAGACUCUAGGCAGCAUAACGAUAAAGUCCAAAACUCUACUGCUAUACAUGCCAGGAGGUUCCAAUUGUGCUAUUUUUGGCUGUAGUGCUCAAAGAUCAAAAUGUAGAGGUCUUUCUUUCCACAAAUUACCCAAGAAAGGAGUAAAUGAUAGAUGGCGAAGUGCACUUAUAGCUGCAAUCAACCGUGUUGAUUUGAGUUUCAACCCUGAUGCUGCCACCAUAUGCUCUCGCCACUUUAAAGAGAGUUGCUUUGUAAACCAUACAAAUGUCAAUGGUAAAAGAUGUUACCUUAUCCCAGGAAGUCUACCAACAAAAUGGAUGCCUCAAGGCUUACCAGUUAGCCCGAAUCAAUUUCCUUGGAACAGGACCAUGCUGUUCAAAAGUGCUAAAUCUACAAAAAUUUGUGGAAAUACACAAGACUUACUGCAUGACUUUCAAAAUGUGAUAAAAGAGAUGGACUUUAUAGGUGCAACAGAUUUGUUCACUCAGCCGUCAUAUGUACAAACUGUAAUGUCACCAGUGAUGUCUGACAUAGAACAUGACUUUACUCUCGAACUAAGAAAUGCAAUCAAAAGAGAAAAGGAGGAAAUGGACGGCAGUGAUAUACAACCAUCAGAAUACAUUGACAUGGAUAAAGAUUCUCUUAAAGUCACAUUUAGUCACAUCUAGAUUGCAGAAGAAACAGAAGAAAAAAAAAAAGACUUCAUUCAAGGAAUGAAUCAAUGCCAACUAGAAAUGUGCAAGGAACAGAAGAAAACAUUCCAAACAAAAAAAUGUAUGAGAUGAGUUAUUAUCUACUGUUUCAGUUUCAGUACAGGCACAUUGUGAUGUUAUUUUGUAAAUGGUUAACAAAACUAUACGACUGACUCAAGUCCGUUUCAGCAGACAACAUGAAGUUUAUUUUACUACAAUAAUAAUAAUAGUGCACUGCACUCCUUGUUAGUGCUACAAGUCAAGAAAUAAUAACAAUCCUAUCUGCAUAACAGCGGUAUCAAAAGUAUCCAAUAUAUGUCAGUUACUAAUCAAUCACGUCCUCAUCUCAGCGGGUAACACUGUGUAGAAAUAUAGAUCAACUAAUGCAUGUCUCAAGAGACCACUGGCAACAACUGCCCAUAAGUUACUUUCUAACUGAAAUUACUACAGACUUUUCUAAGUCGCUACUGUCCAUCCCGGACUAAAAUAUACUUGACCACUCUGUCCAAAGAAUAACACUUGACUUCUCUAACUUGACUUCACUUGUCUGCUUUACUUGACUGACUGACCUCUAAGUCUAACUUUAUUCAUUCUACUUCCUGUUUUCUACAUCAGGAAUUCCACGUGUCUUUUAAACUCUUAACAUAACGUGAACUUUAGAUCAUGCAAUGUCAACUAAGACUGUGACAUUACGCUCUUUCCCUCAAAAAAAGAUUUUGUAAAAAUCUUUUAAAAUUUAAGUAAUAAUACUAUUAUGUGUAUAGUCACAUCUUUUGAGAGAAAAAAUAAUCUAUACAAAUGUACAAUGUGUGCUAUAAUCUCUUGCACAUGUCUUAUCAUGCUAUCAAAAAUUUUGAUGAGACUAAUAUAUGGUCUCAUUUAACCUUACAAUAUUUGAAAAAAUAUUUGUCUGUGUAGACAAUACUCAUAGUUGUCAACAUUAUUUGAAAAAGCAAGUUGUCUUGUUUUUGUUUUUUUAAACAAAAUUUCAAAGUAAAUUCUCAAUUCAUCAAUAGAAUGCUUUCAAUAUUAAUUUUACAACAGAAUGAGCAGCCGUGAAAAAUGCUCGUAUACAAAUAUACUUAGUUUAUCCAAUCAGGUUACAUAAUCAAAUGAAAAAUAUUGACAAUGGUUACAUGGUCAAAUGAAAAAAUAUUGACAAUGUUCUUUCAAAUAAAUCAAUGCAAGUGAAAUAUAUCAAUAUUAAAUAUUUAUGUUGUCUCAAUGGUUUGUGUACGAAAAUAAUGAUAAUGUUUUGACAAUGCAACUAAAUCAUGAAAGUCAAGAAAAUAUAUUCUUUAAUGAUGAUUUAUGGGGAACAUAUUUAAAUCAUCAAAGUCAUAAACAUAUUAAAGCAUGAAGGUCAUUAUCAUGAUAUUCAUUUGGCUCAUAUGUCUUACUGCGAGCUCAUGUUUCUUUAACAUAUGUAUAAGUUACAAUCUUCUCUCAAAAAAAUGAAUCAGCUUUUCACAUUAUGUAACAUCAAAUAUAUUACUUCGAGCCAUUAAUAGUGCUUUAUUAUUUUUCUCAUAUGAAAUACAAUCUCUUCAAAAAAUCAGUGUUUACAUCACACGUCAAAUAUAUUACUUCAUGAGCCAUCAAUAAUGCUCCAAUAAAUUUCUCAUAUUAAAUACAAUCUUCUCCUCAAAAAAUCAGUGUCUACAUCACACAUCAAAUAUAUUACUUCACGAGCCAUCAAUAAUGCUCCAAUAAAUUUCUCAUAUUAAAUACAAUCUUCUCCUCAAAAAAUCAGUGUCUACAUCACACAUCAAAUAUAUUACUUCACGAGCCAUCAAUAAUGCUCCAAUAAAUUUCUCAUAUUAAAUACAAUCUUCUCCUCAAAAAAUCAGUGUCUACAUCACACAUCAAAUAUAUUAAUUCACGAGCCAUCAAUAAUGCUCCAAUAAUUUUCUCAUUAAAUACAAUCUUCUC